AUGAAUAUUCCUGCUGUGCAGUUGCUCACUUUUAGUGCAGCUGUUAUUGCUUUGGGCUUCCACAUGUCUGAAGACAAAGAAGAUAAGUUCCCCUUCCCUGAAAUAUACCUGCGCGAAUACGAGAUGCUUUCAUUGAAGAAAGCUAUUAAUGAAUCACCAGACAAGGAGUUCCCAUUCUGCGAGGCACUUAGGCGAUCACGUGAUAUUGUUCUGGUGAAAACUUGCAGAGAUUUUGAAGCGAAAUACAUGGAUUAUCUUUCAAAUUUGGUCUCCAAGAAAAUUGUCCUGUUUCCACAAGGUGGAAAAAAUAGUACCAUCGAAGAUGCAUUACCAGAAGGGUUUCUUGAACGGGUAGGAGAAAGAGGAAAGGUUUUGGAAGGAUGGGCUCCACAAGCAACAAUUCUUCAACAUGCAAGUAUUGGUGGAUUCGUGAGUUAUUGUGGAUGGAGUUCUUUUAUGGAGAAUGUGAAAUUUGGUGAGCCUAUAAUUGCAAUGCCAAUGCACAUUGACCAACCAAUGAAUGCUAGGCUUGUGGUAUAUAUCGGGAUGGGAGUUGAAGCAGUGAGGGAUGAAAACGGGAAACUACAAAGUGAGGAGAUUGCAAAGGCGAUAAGGGAAGUGGUAAUGGAGGAAAGUGGGGAGGCUGUGAGGAAGAAAGCUAGAGAAUUGAGUGAGAAGAUGAAUGUAAAAGGGGAUGAAGAGCUAGAUGAUGUGGUGGAAGAGCUGGUAGCACUUUGUGGUAACAAAUGA